AUGCUGCCAGGGGUCGGCGUGUUCGGCACCAGCCUGACCGCCAGGGUGAUCAUCCCGCUGCUGAAGAACGAGGGCUUCGCCGUGAAGGCGCUGUGGGGCCGGACGCAGGAGGAGGCGGAGGAGCUGGCCAAGGAGAUGAACGUGCCGUUUUACACCAACCGGAUCGACGACGUGCUGCUGCAUCAGGAUGUGGAUCUGGUGUGCAUCAACCUGCCGCCGCCUCUGACGCGGCAGAUCGCGGUGAAAACACUGGGUAUUGGAAAGAACGUCAUCUGCGACCGGACAGCAACGCCUCUGGAUGCCUUCCGGAUGAUGUCAGCGGCCCAGUACUACCCCAAGUUGCUGAGCAUUAUGGGGAACGUGCUACGUUUCUUACCGGCUUUCGUUCGAAUGAAGGAGCUGUUGGAGGAGGGGUACAUCGGGGAGCUUCUGGUCUGUGAGGCCCAGGUCCACAGUGGUAGUCUCCUGGGAAAGAAAUACAACUGGAGCUGCGAUGACCUGAUGGGAGGCGGCGGUCUACAUUCAGUGGGCAGUUACAUCAUCGACCUGCUUACGUUUCUGACCGGUCAGCGUGCAGCAAAAGUCCAUGGCUUCCUCAAGACCUUCGUCAAACAAACGGAUCACAUCCGGGGCAUCCGUCAGAUCACCAGCGACGAUUUCUGCACGUUCCAGAUGGUACUGGAGGGGGGCGCCUGCUGCACCGUCACACUCAACUUCAACGUUCCAGGAGAGUUUCGGCAGGAGGUGAUUGUUGUGGGGAAGCUCGGAAGGUUAACGGUCACAGGGACCGAUCUGUAUGGACAGAAAAACAGCGGGGGCGGAGGAAACGGUGGAGGUCCUGAACUUCUGCUCAAAGACACCACGCCUCUUGAGAAGGCCUCCUUACCGGAGAAGGCCUUCAGUGACAUUCCUUCUCCGUAUCUCACCGGAACCAUCCGUAUGAUCCAGGCAGUGCGGCAAGCCUUUCAGGGCCAGGACGACAGACGGACGUGGGAUGGGAGACCUCUGACGAUGGCUGCUACCUUUGAGGAUUGUCUUUACGCUCUCUGCGUGGUGGAUACAAUCAAGAAAUCCAACCAGUGUGGAGAGUGGCAGAACAUUGUGGUGAUGACAGAGGAACCAGAGAUUAGCCCAGCGUAUUUAAUCAGCGAGGCCAUGCGGCGGAGUAGAAUGUCGCUCUACUGUUAACAUCCGGCUGAUGUGCUGACCCCUUUAAAAUGGCCGAACGUCGAUGGUAUGAAGGUGGCACCAGAAAGGCCUUUGUGUUGGAACUUUUACAACUUCUGUAUUGCUACUGUUACAGACUGAGAGGUUACACCACUAUGAUUCAGAUAGUUCCUGACUCCCUGCUUCAGCAGUAGAGGACAAGCAAUGUGAUCAAUAAUCAGAACUUUAUUUAUAAGGAAGCCUUUCCUGUUUUCCAUUUUGACAGAAGACUUGAGUCCUUCCAGGGAGAUGCACUUGUAAAUCAAACAACAGAGACCUAUAGUUCUACAGUGGAGGCAGAUCAGGAAGUGAACCUAAUGCUACUGUGCUCUGCUUCACCUUAAGGGUAUUGCGCCUCUCAUCUCUGCUUCUCUUCUAUGUGACUGGGUCUGGGAGACAACACCUUACACUGUGGGUCCAAACGAGGACAGCCAAGGAAGAACGAUAGUACUCAGUUCAAACUGUGCCGCUGUAUUGUUGCUAUAGUCUGAAGUACUUGCUAGUUUUACCAAGUGAAUGUUUAAAAAAAAAAAAUCAGUGUGCUUGCUAGCUUCAGUCUCUGUCUGCUCUGUAUGCUUUCUCUGUGUGUUGAAACAAGAGAGAGAAAAGAAAUCAAUAAUUUGGCUGGUGGGUUUUCGGAGGGGUUUAACUUCUCGUUUACGUAUGCAAUAUAUCCAGACUGCAGUCUUUUAUCUUCCAGCCUGGAGUAAAGGGUUAAAAUACACUAUGGUAUGCCUUUAUGCAGUUAUAGUAGCCUGUUUGCGAGUCUUUUAUGAGUGGCCAGUGCAGUGAUAACUUUGAUGUUCUUAUUUAUUUUAUGCUUUUUCUAUUGUCCUGAAGCAUGGCCAGGAAAUACACUGAAUUCUGUGUGGCGUGUGCAUAUCUGCACCGAGCCUUAAGUGUGGGUAUUCACACAGUCUUGCACUAAGUUGUGAGUAAAUGCAGAGCAAUGCGGGGGACUUAUCUCGACAUUGCAAUGCAGUGGGUCACACUUGCAUCAAGCUACGGUGAUUUAGGAUUUAGCAUGCUUUAUAAAGCUUCGUUAACAUGCACGGUGAAAUGCAGGUUUGUCAGUAUGCAGCACAUGCAACUUGAGUUUGGAUCCACACCUUGUAGUCUAUUAACUGUGCAGCACAGUGUGGUUGAUAAGGGGGUAGAUGAGCAUUUCUUUCAGUUUCUGUUAGAGGUGUUAAACAUUACAUGUCCUCUACUCUCUCUGUGGUACUCAGCCCCAAACUUUGAUUUUUAUUGAAGAUGGAAACCCUUUAAAGCUCCACCAAUCAAUAUUUUUUUAAUAACAACAAGUCGAAUGACUGUGUGAUGGGACAGGGUUCACUCCUAGUAAUCAAGCCACUGACUCUGCUGUUCCCUCCAACCUAACGUAUUGUUUAGCAUAUUUCGGCUAAUUGUUUCGGUUUUAUGGCCCACAACUUCGCUGCUUUGGUUCACUCUUACGGCUCUCAUCAACUGCUAUUUCCUUCAGAAAAAAAGAGCUAUAACUAGAGUGAAUAUUUUGGACUUUCAUUCCUCAGGUGGCCAGAAACAGUCCAAGUAAAUGCUACUGUUGCUCUAUGUUUGCCAAUUUUUGCUAUCACGCUUAAAAACACAAAUACAAGCGUUAAGUAUAAAAAAGACUAGUUUCCUAAAACAUUUUUUUAGCUAAUAUUACCCAAACAGGAGUGAACAUUUUUAGGGGCUAGUUUCAGCUGUUGAAUAAUACACAUUGAGCAUAGAGCAGAGCGAUAUGGAGAAAAUCGGAUAUCACGAUAUUUUUUCCAAAUACCUCGAUAUCUAUAUUGCGUCAAUAUUGUUAGGCUGACUAUUGGUGCUUUCAGAAAAUAUUUCCGCAAUGAGAUUUUUGAUAAAAAAUCAACAGUAAUAUGGAUGUAAUGACGAUAUCUAGUCUCAUAUUACAAUGUGGCGGCAUGGUGAUGCAGUGGUUAGCAUUGUCGCCUCACAGCAAGAGGGUUUGUGGCGGGUUCGAAACCCCAGGAAUGGAUGAGCCCCUCUGUGCGUAGUGUUGCUUGUUCUCCCCGUGUCAGCGUGGGUUUUAUCCGGGUGCUCCGGCUUCCUCCCACAGUCCAAAGACAUGUAGGUUAAUUGGUGACUCUAAAUUGUCCGUGAGUGUGAAUGGUUGUCUGUCUCUAUGUGUCAGCCCUGUGAUAGACUGGCGACCUGACUAGAGUGUACCCCGCCUGUCGCCCAAUGUCAGCUGGGAUAGGCUCCAGAAAUCUUACAGAAAAUCCACCCACUCGUUCUGUGCUACUUCCCGUCAGUCACAUCAGAAGGCCAAAACAAACCAUCAGAGAGUAUCUGCAAAUCCAGUUUGACCUAAAGUUUGCUCUCAUUCUGUACAGGUGAAAGAACAGUGCUGACCUACAAGCCAAAAGAUUGAUUCUCUUUUUACGCAUCUCUGUUCCCCUGUGUGGUUUCAAGUUCUUAAACUGUGCUGAAAUACUAUCUAUGUAACAACUACUGAAAAUGUACAUAAUGAAAAUAUAAAACAACAAUACGCGUUUGUCUAAAGGAAUAAACAAGUACUGUAUGUAUUUUAUUUGUACAAACCAAGGAACUGAAACAUGUUUCGACGAGUGUUAAGGUAUUUAUUCUUUGUUUUUGCUGUUGAAGUUUUGUGGACUGACCUGCAGUGUAUUUGGGAGAUUAACAGCAGCCUGAGGCCUUGGAGCAUUCAGCUUCUUAUCCCCGUUUAUGAAUUAUUGACCAAAAUACUCUUCUUUUAACACUGUUAUGAAAAGCUUUAUGUUUGCUCUUAGGACGCAUCAUAAAUCAUCACAGUCGUAAUCCAACACUGUCGCUGUUUACAGCUCAUAUCGAACUGUAAUGUCACUCUGACCCUUUUUAUUGUCCAGUGUUUGGUGUAUUUAACGUGUCACACCAUGAUUUGCUGAGGUCAGGAUACAUUACAUCCCACGCUGGGGUGCAAUCAGCCAGAAGUUACAAAUUUUAGGAUAACACCUCUGUCUGAAAAAGCUCCAAGCCCAACACUGAUAAGCUAUCACUUUUUAAGAUAACUCGUGAUAUUAUUGCCCCUUGUUUACCAAGCGCCUUAUCACGUCUGCAUAUAGACUUUCCCCUUCGUCUGAUAACAGUUUUUAAAAUAUGAGUGAUUUAAACGGAGACACUGGAGUUCCCUUUUUUUGUUUAAUCGUUAUUUUUUAUGGUAAUGAAAAGCAGAAUGCUCAAGCUAAAGAUUUAGGAGUAGGGGCGCCUGAUGUCAUAAUUUAAACUUGAAUUAAGGUCUAAGCAAGUUAAGUCAGAGGCCACAAUGCAGUCACUGGAUAGAAAGUUAUUAUAGGGUAAAGGAAAGAGGAAGAAUUGAUCCAGGAUCCAAAUGGUCACUUUCCCUUAUCAGGCCUGUAAACAUACUUUAUUGCUGAGUGAUUUACAGCUCUGUGUCUGGAGUAGCCUCAGCUGAUCUCCAAGUCCGAUUUGGAUAACAGAUAGAUGUUUACAAACAGAAUCUAAGAUGAGACCAGAGUUGAAAAGGAGAUCAAGUUUGUGCCCCGGAUCCCUUUUAAAAGAAUAGCUUACUUCACCUGUAAAAUGAUCAUUUGUAUAUCAGUUACUCAGCCUGUGUUACCCUGUAUUUGUGACACACAUGCUUCAUAUGCUUCCACGGUGAACAAACUGUUAACCGUUAAGUUAACCUUGUUAAUCUGAACAGUAUGACCUUUUGUCUGUGGAAGUCAAGGUAUAAAAUUAACCCAUUUAACGGUUUAAAGGAAGACUUCACCUGCAAAAUGUGUAUUUGUAUAUCAAGUACUCACAGCGUGUUACCUUGAAUUCAUGAAGAAAACUAUGUUUUCCCCAAUGCCUCCACGGUGAGCGAAGAAUCCCAAAAGGCGAACAUUCUUCAGGAAUUAAAGUAAACGACAACCUUAACAAAAUCAAAAGUUGUUACAGUACAUUACCAAUCCUUGAAUGGAUGGAAGAAAGAGUCGCUUUGUGUUGUGCUGCAUUUGUUAGCUGGCAGAAGAAGGCUGAAAAGGGCUGUGGUUCCAAGUGCAGUCUUCGUUGUGUCCUUGUUCCAAAGGUGCAAAUCCGAGGAAGCCAGUCACUCAGGGUCCUUGCAGAGUUAGACGAUGGGGUGCUAACUCAACUUGGUUCUCCUUGUUGCUGAAAAGUUAGUUGCAAACCUUGUGUUUGGCACACUAACUGCUCUGGUUUCAGGUUUUGCUCCUGCUGUGAGCGAGGGCAAGUCGUGGUCCAUGAGAAAAAGAACUUAAGUCUUUUCCAUUAUACUAAACUCUCGUUUAGAAUAAUCCAAGUCACAUUUAUCCACUUGUAUGCUCAGUGCUUCCCAAACACGUGCAAUUUUGCUAAAACGUUGCAAUACAAAACACUUCCACCAACCAGCAGUGCGCCCUGAGCAAGGGCAUGCGUGUAUGAGCUCCACUUGAGUUCCAACGCUGUUUUAAAUCGUAAUGUUUAAGCAAAAAUGAAUGUGUUUGGGAAGUGCUAGACAUACAACUGAAUAAGUGAGACUUGGAUUAUACUGCAUGAGUUGUGUUUUUAUACAGUUCUGGUUAAGGUUACCGUUUAUUUCAAUUCAUGAUGUUCGCCUUUUUGGAUUCUUCGUUCACCGUGAAGGUAGUCUGAGUGGGCGGAAGUUCGCUGCAUAGAUCAGCCUCUCAUUGGGUGGAACGAGCCACCCACUGAAGUCCCGCCCUACCACUUCUGGUUGUGUAGCAGUUUUCAAGCGCACCGUUGCUGUGGCACCGCCAAGAACGAUUGUGAUUGGUUGAAAGAAAUAAAAAAAGCCGGGGCAAUUUUUCUCCAAUCUUAAAGUGAGAGUCGGCGCAGCCAGACCUUUCUUUUCUUGAGAAAGGUCUGGCGAGCGAGACUACCGUGAAGGUAAUGCUGUGAGUUCUUGAUGUACAAAUGGUCAUUUUGCAGGUGAAGUCUUCCUUCAAACCCCUAAAAUGGUUUCGUUUAUUGGUUUUAUACCUUGGCUUCCACAGACGAAAGGUCAUAAGGUUUCUCAUGAAAAAUUGAAGGUUAAUUAUUUCUGGUAGCAUCACCUCUAGGAUUCAUUUAAGGCCAUUGUUAUUAGUAUGUAUUAGUGAUGUUUUAUUUGCUGAAAAUAGUUUCCUGGAAUGCUCGACAAAAUUUGGUACUAAUUAUAGUUGAAAUAGUUUUUACAACAGUUUUUAGUUGGUUGAGUUUAUCAUUGAUUUCCAGAGAAAUGUGUAUUAAACAGGAGCUGCAGACAUUCGUCCAGCCCCCAAAGAAACACACCAGGAGUUCAACUCAAAGAUGUAGGGACUCUAAACUCAGCUUUAAUUAAAUCAAAUUUCGUGUAUUUUUGUGCUCAUAUUUUUCCCCUUUGUCUCCUAAUCCACCAUCUGUUUUUGGCCCAUGGCAACUUGGCGUACAGUGUUUCAUUACUGGAGCCUGCAUGUGUGUGAGGAUCCUCUCACAAUAGACCCAGUAUGUUAAAAUCAGCUUGGGUCUCAUGCUGAGAUUAAAUUAACUAUAUUUAGUCUCCCAGAGGAGAGCGAAAUGUUUAAGGCCCAGCAGUGACUCAUAACAUUAGCUCAACCACACCGUCUAGUUUCUGAAACAUGGAUUUGCUCUGAGUUUGUGUAGUUAUGCUAACUGGAGGUUUACUCACGUCCACACGGACCCAUCCUCCUCCAUGGAGAUGCAAUUAAACAGCUCAGCAGACACUCCUCAGCCAGCUGCCCGUGCUCUGUGGUAAACGUGCCGUUAGCAUCUGCCUCAAAUUAAGAGCAUCGCGACACCGGAGAGCUUUUUCGUUUCAGCAGAUACGUGGCAAAACAUUGAAACAAAAGUGCAGGAGCUUAAUUUGGUGCCAUUAAAACGCUGAAAGUGAUGCAAUAAUCUCACAUCACAACCUUAAUACUGGCAGUGUCACUCUUAAGUGUGUUAGUGAAGCCUCUGCAAAGGCUUCUCAGUCGCAUCAGCCCCAGCUAUGCAUAGAUCCACACACUCAGCAGGCAGCAGUCUGAAACAGAUGAGGCAAUAUCUGGGCUCCGAAGCACUGAAUAUUUAAUGAGUGGAAUUUUAACGAGCUGAUACAGUAGAGUAUGGGGGUUUAUACGAUUUAAAAAUAUGUCUGAUUUCCUUCUGUUUUAAAUGUUGAAUCACUGAAUAUUUUAUUUUUUUAUUCUCAUUGAAAACUUGCUCCAUGUCAAAGCAUAUUAUUGUAUCACCACUCAUGUUUCCCGUCAUAGAAAUGCUGUGAUUUUUUUGUUGUUGCCAAGAACUUCACCAUUUAGCUUGCUGCUUGUGGCCUGUUAAGGACAAACCUGUUGAGGCUCUGUGCUUGAGAGAAAAAAAAAGACACUGCAGCAAAACAACACAAGAGGUGCCCCAGUUCCAACUUUGCACUUUGACUGCCUCCUCAGUCGUGACUGUGGAUUGCUUGUUCUCGCUUCACCAGCAUUCACAAACUGCUCAGGAAAGGCUUCCCCUUACUGAACGGAGGGGAGGUGGAGAAGGGUGGAGGUGGAGGUGGGCUGAAAAUUGUUCAUUUUGGAGACGAACAACCUCAAAGAGGGGCUUCUUCUGCCCUUGGAGACCGUUACUUAGCAACCGGAAGCCACGUUGCCAGAUCUAGGUCCUGUCUGCUCUCUUUUAUUUCCCCCUCACACAGUAACACACUACCCUCACUCCUCUACACGUCUGCACACCUCCUCCUUUCACACGUUCUCCCUCCAUCUUUCUUUGAAUGACUGGUUAAAGGGUGAACUCUUAACAGGGUUUUACAAUCAAUGAGGAAGGUGACGGUUUUUGAUGUGCUGUUCAUUGAUGUGUCUCUUGACAUUUUUCCUUCUCCUCUUUUUCUCUCUAUCCCGCCUUCUUUUUCUUUCUAUCGUGAGUCAGGUUGAAGCCUGGGGGACAAGCUCACUGGUGCUUCUUCAGACCUUCCCCUAAAACAUUUUCUCCUCUCCUCUCGCUUCAGGACAGGCGUAACCAAGGCAACCCCCUUUAAUAAAAACUCAGACAGAUACAGGUUAUGAACACCUUUCCUCAGCUGGUUUAUGAAUGCUGACUCCUGCAUACGUGUCUUGCUGUACCCGUAACUUGUUCAGAGAAAAUCAAAUAUCCAUCUCAAUGCUGUAUUGUGACUAUAUCCAAUAUUUAUUGUCAUGUAUGUAUAUUGUGGACGCAUGGACCUCUGUACAUACUGUAAUUUGAGCUCUCAAACGCAUAUUUAUGGGUCCUAAUCUAGAGAAUGUACUUACUGUAGGAAUAAUUUAUAUUUUCUAUCCGUUUAAGGACAAUAUGCCAUUUUUAGGAGGUCUGUCUGUGUCACAGAAAUAAAAGCCCCUCUGAGUUCUCUGCGUGCUGUUAAGUGUGAUGGUGCACUUCCGUUAAAUGACCACCCCAUCCUCCUCCUCUCUUUCUAUUUUUUAAAUGACUGUGUGACUCAUGCCUCAGUGUUUUACUGUCUCAUCUCCCUGCACCAGUCCACAUUGAUUGAAUGUGUGUGGAUGAGGGUGUGUGUGUGUGUGUGAGUGAGUGUGCAACAUGGUUUACGGCUUCAGCACUUGUCUAAUGCUGCAGUUUCUAUGGAAUAAAAAAUAUGUA